AUGACGCCAAGUUCCCCCGAUGAAGCGCUUCAUUUUCGCGGCAAGACACUGACUCCGGAAAGCCCUCGACCGUUGCAUAUCCCGGAGCCUUCGAAUAUCCCCGUUUUGCAAAACCAAAUGGACCCUGUCUUCAACGAUACCUCAACUUAUGAACGCGCGGUAGAUUUCCAACCCCAGAGAGAAGAUGGAUGGUUCGCGGAGGGACAGGGGCGUGGCCUAGCACAUACCCAGGAUUCAGCUAGCUUGCAUGGUGCUCAGCCAGGGAACCCUGCGAACCCUGUGAUGAAUGAUAUGGCUGUUUCGGCGGACUUUUACCAUUCCUAUCCAUCUACUUUGCAAUCCGGAGAGGUGAAUGUGAACCAGAGCGCCCAUGCCCAGACCCAUGCGCCUCCGGUUGUGCCGGUCCAGCCAGCCUUCGCCACUACCAGUGGAGUAGACAAUGCCGGCAACUCAGGCGAUUUGUCCCGAUUGCCAGAGCACCUAGAUGAUGGGCAAGGACGUACAGGUUCAAGCACCACCGGUGUCAAUUUCCAGACUUUGUUGGACAACCUCUCUCACAUCCCACCUUCAGACUUGGCCUCCGGGGCUGCUCCCUUAGCGGGAAGCUCGUCUCUCCACCAAGCACCCAAGGACGACCAUCACCACACCCAAGGCGUCUCUUUGCAACCCCUUCAAGACCAUUCUGCCCAGACCGAAUAUAACCCAAAUUAUGAAGGGACAUACCAGCAACACCCUUCUGCCCUUGCCACACCCCCGGCCCAUCCUACGCAACCCAGUAACAAUGCCCAAUCAUAUGCCCAGUCCAUGGCACCGGGCGGAGCACCAGGAACCGCCCCGGGUGCUGGCUCCAUACCUCCCCCACCCAUUGCCAACUUCCAAACUCCCUCAUCGGGCGGAGAGUCCCAAACAUCCCAGGAAGCUCCACAGGCGUCAAAGAAAAGUCGUAUCGAGAGGCAGAUAGGGCGGCUCACUAAGGGAAUGGAUGAUGAUGCGCCAUGGGGACCAGAAGUCCAGAAAAAAUACGAUGAAUUCCUCCACGAUGAAAGAAUUUAUGUGACAGAAGGUCUCUGGGAUCGAUUUCCCAUGGGAUCUCGAUUAUUUGUUGGCAAUCUACCCACCGAAAGAGUCACCAAGCGAGAUAUGUUCCACAUCUUUCACCAAUACGGAAAGCUUGCCCAAAUUUCCAUCAAACAAGCCUACGGUUUUAUACAAUUCCUGGAGGCGGAUUCUUGUCAUGCAGCAUUACAGGUGGAACAGGGGGCCGUGACCUGGAGAUUUCUAAACCUCAGCGGAAUUCCCGUCCCGCGCCCGCGGAGCCAUCUCGCGCGCCCCCUCCUCGACGUUCAAGAUCACCAGAAUUCAGCCGGGCUGGUCCCGCGCGACCCAAUCCACGUGCGCCUAGUGAUCGAUAUGACCGGUCUUAUGAACCCCGAAUCCCCUUCAGCGAUUUUCGGGAUGAGCCUUCAAGUCGCCGCCGUGAUGGUUAUCGACCUGCACGGUCGCCUUCCCCCCGACCUCGACCCAGAGACGGUUAUCGAUCUCGGGAUAGAACGCCAGAGCGAUUUGAUCGCCGUGAGCGUCGGCGUUCCCGCUCCCCUAGAUCCCGGUCUCCUCGGUCCCCCUAUUCCAGAGAUCGGCGAUACCGCAGCCCGAGCCCCAGACCUCGAGGCACUUACGAAGGAGAAUCCGACUUACCGGUUCCUCGAAGGGCCCCCCGUGACGUACCUGAGGUCCAAGUUCUCGUUCUUGAGGAAAUUGACCGGUACGAAUUUCGUGCUUCAUGUGGAAAACGCCUUUCGCAAUCGGGGCUUGCGAGUAGAUGUCCUUGUGCUCGGUCCCCGUAUUCCUCUUGGUGCGGCGGUCCAUCGCCAGUACGUUGAAGGGGUUCUGGCAGUUGUCAGGCUCUCUCGCCCCAAUCAAUUCUCUCGCAAAAUUCCUCUUCAAAUUUUCGAACGAACCCCAGGUUCAAAAAGUGUUCGCUUCAGUGACUACCCUGAGGUUGACCCGAACAUCGCGGCUGAGGUCAUGUUUCAUCAAGCUCAAUCGAUGCAACGCGGCCCUCCCCUUAACUCCUUCCCUCCCAAUCCUGCUUUCGGGGUGGCCCCUUUACCUGCACCGGCUGUGCCGGUGCCUCACCCUGGCCUACCCGCAUUGUCCAAUCCCCCCAACAUUGCGAACCUGAUUGGCUCACUGGACGGAGCUAGCCUUCAAAAUCUCCUGUCGGCCCUCCAACGUCCGGCACCUCAGUCCCAGCCUGUCUCGGCUACUCAGUCGCCAUAUGCUUCCCCCAACCCUCCACCUCCUGCCGAUCUGGCCACUCUCUUGAACAAUGCAGCUCGACCACCUCCGAUCAUGCAGCACCCACAACAACCACUUCCUUCCCCAUAUCAUCUACAGCCCCCCAAUGGGCCCGUCAUCUCCGAUCCUCAUUUGCUGUCCAUCCUAGCUAAGGGGCUCGGUGGUCAACAGCCACAGGGUCAACCGGCCGUCGGUUCUAAUGUACAAAACCUGAUGAACCAGUUGGCCAAGUGGAAACAAUAA